AUGGCACAAACUUCGUUUUCCAGGACUCUCAGGGCAAUUGCUUUGGCCCUGAGUCUUUUGGCUGGGUUGAGCUUAGGAUAUGAUUUCUCUUUGAGGCCCUCCCUCCCCCCAUCAAUUCGGGAUCUCUCUUCAGUGACCAAGAGCUCUUCCGUGAACUCCUGGAUCAUACCUCUGUCUGGUCCCGGAAAUGAUAUUUCCUCCGCAUGGGGUGUCAAUGUCACGACAAACAGCAACUCGUCCCCGAGACUGAUUGCUCUCGCCAUCAGCAAUGACACACAAAUUGGCGUCCUUAGCAGUUCAUCCGGAUCUUCUGCUGUUUUAAUAAACGCAGAGUCGCCAGCGAUUAAUGACAACAAUGAGUCUCUCGAAGUGAACCUCACGGACCCGAAAGAUUCACAGCUGGUUCUAGGCCAGAAUUCUGUGCUCGGUUUCUCAGAUUCGACAAAAGAAUUGUCAACAGUGCCUUUUGGUCUUAAUAUAGGAUUUGCGGGGGAGUGGAAUGGAUCACUUUCAUUUGGUGGGAAUUAUGACGCGAAUCGGAUUUAUGGACAAACCGGAUGGGUGUCGAUUCCCGAAGCCAACGAUACCCAGAGCACAUUCCUGGCCACAGGGUAUCUACCAGUUGACUCAGUCACUGUUCGAUCCUGGCAAUAUAACAGCGACGAAGGCGACUCAGGGUCUACUCUAGGAUACACCUAUCCGUACAGUGACUCAACGGCAGACAAUAUCCAAUACACCGUGCCUGCCGUCCUUAACUUUUCCAGCCCCUCUGUGGUUCUACCUAGUAAAGAACUAUGUGGGAAGAACCUCACCCUGGAGUUCAACACCAACAGCAAGAUGUGGCAAUAUACUUCAUUUGUCAUUCCCAUCUUUGCCGAAUUGACUGCCUCAUCAAGCCGUUGCUCGGCGAAUGAAGACAUUGGGAAUACCAGCUCGUCAUCUCCCGUGGUCCUGGGAAUACCCUUUUUCCAAGCGACUUACAUUUACGUUGACUCCAAUACCAAAAUGUGGUUUUCAUCCGUGAAUGAAUGGAAUAUGUCUUUCAGCCCAAAGCCGUUCAACGCAAAUGGUGAGCUGACCAAUCCAAAAAUUCCUGCCAGUGUCACUCAAGCUGCAACAACACCCACUCCGACUGAAAAUGGAGAUGGGAAAUUUCAUUCUAAGGUUGAUUUUGUGGUAAUUGUAUCAAUGGUGCUGAGCUUAUUGCUUCAAUAA